UAAGUCCAGUUUAGUUGGUUAAUCAUAAAAAGGGGCAUAAUCUAUUUUUAUUUUUGAGGUGAUAGUGCUUUUGAAAGCAUUGCCAGUCAUCUGUAAUCUGUUGUUCGGUGUGAAAAAUACAUAAAGUCUUCAACCUUUCGAUUUUGGACAUCGUCAAGAAUCGUAAUGAGAAAAGUAGGAAUAUGCAGUGCUGUAGCAUUGUUAUUGAUGCUUAGUGUGAUCGUUUCCCUUACAUCGGCCAGUAAAAGAAAGCGAUGCACGGACUCGUCUAUAUAUUGUCAACACUUUAAAAUGUUAUGUUCUACACAAAAAAUGCAAGAAAUUUGCGCUAAAACAUGCGGAUGUAAAUCUAAGAUACUGAGGGAUGUAGGUAAUAUCAAAGUCAACAAACCAAAACCCGAAGAAUUCAAGGAAAUAACCUCCACUAAUAAAAGAGUUGACUUUCACGACGAGGAAGAAAACAAUACACAACAGGAUCACUUUGAUUUUGACCCAUACAAACAACAAGCAGAUGGAGCUAAAUUACUUCAGCGAACAGCAGAAUGGUCGAAAUGGGGGCAAUGGUCUAUAUGUUCGGUGACAUGCGGGUUGGGUAAACGAACACGAACGAGAGUCUGUCAAUCUGGGACAUGCCCUGGGUCAAAAGUACAAUCAUGGGCUUGUGCCUUAACGAGGACAUGCAUUGAAACACGACCAUGGACCAAGCCUUGCACCGAUACCAGAACAGAUUGCACGAAGUCUAUAUGCAACACCAGACGACGUCACAGCUGCAAAGCAACUUGCAAAGAAUGCUAUAAAUGGGGUGACUAUGGUGCCUUGGAUAAAUGCCAUAGAUAUGAUGGAAAAUGCGAAAGAAGAAGAUAUCGUCAUUGUCGUAUCGGUGACUGUCUGGGUUUGCCAUAUAAAUCAAAACGAUGUGCCAACGAAUAUUGUGGAAAUCGAGAAAUGUGGUCACAUUGGAGUUCGUGUUCAGUGACAUGUGGCACGGGGAUCACAAAACGUACUCGGUUAUGCGAAACACAAGGAUGUAAAAGCACAGAUGAAAGGAAAUGCAUCAGGAACAGUUGUGAUGAACCAGAUCAAAAACCUGACAUAAAGUAUGGAGAAUGGAGUCGAUGUUCAAAGACAUGCGGACCCGGAAUGAGACGAAAAACGUGCUCCACAGAAUAUUGCAAAAUGAAUAAAGUUGUUGAAUUAACUCAAACUUGUAGAAUCAAAGAAUGUGAGACAUGCGUCGACAAGCACAUUUACUGCCCUCAGUUGAUACGAUAUUGUCCUAACAACGAAUGGAUGAAAAGGAAUUGUAUGUUGUCUUGCAAUAUGUGUAAAAUUGAGUGGAGCAAUUGGAAUAAAUGGAGCAAAUGUUCAAAAACAUGCGGUAGCGACGGUAGUCGUCAACGAACCCGAAAAUGCUUAAUCAACAUCUGCACAGGUUCAAACACAGAAACUGUAUUGUGCGAGAAGCAGAAUGAAUGUCCGACAAUUCAAGAAUGGUCAGAUUGGAGCGACUGGACUGAUUGUAAGCAAGCGUGUGGUGAGAAAUUAUUUAGAACUCGAAAUAGAGAAUGUAUGAAGGGUCAAUGCGCAGGAAAGUCUACUAUGACGGAACCCUGUCCACCGGUUGAUUGCCAGGCCGGAAAAAGUGAACCUAUUUGGAAAGAAUGGACAGAGUGGGGAGAUUGUAGCAAAAGCUGUGGUGGUGGUAAAAGGUCUAGAACAAGAGAAUGUAACAUAGAAAGAAAAUGUGACAGAAAAACAGAAAAAGAUGUUGAAACGUGCAAUCAACAGUCAUGUCAUGAAAAAUUCACAAGUUGUAAUCUAGCCUGCGGUGGUGGGUAUAGAUGGGCUUACAAAUCGUCAUGCACUCACAACGAUGUGUACAAAUGUAACGGAUAUUUCCAAGGAUGUAAUUAUCAAGAUUGCAAUAAAAAACCAUGCAUAUCCCCACAAAAACGAAGAUACGGUUCUACAACAUGCUGUAACAAUCAAAAAGUAGAGAUGGAUUGUGGUAGAGUGCAAGUUCGCGAAGCACAAGAAAAGUCAUUGGCAUUUCAAGAGUAUAUCUCGUUUAGAAGAAUCAUCAACGGAAUGGUUUCUGAACCAAACGCCUGGCCAUGGAUGGGCAUGUUUAUGGCUUCAAUAUCGAGAAAACUAUAUUGUGCCGGAACGGUAAUUCAUCGAAAGUGGCUUCUCACCGCUGCUCACUGUGUCAGAGAUUCUGGCACAAACAAAGAUCGACCAAAAUCUGAUAUGGCGCUUUAUCUUGGAAUCAACAAACUAAGCGAAAUAAAAAAGGGAAAUGGACGAAGAAUUAGGUCAUUUAAAGUUCAUCCAAGUUACCACUUUCCCCAGUUCGACAUAGCUUUACUGGAAGUAGAUGAAAUAACGUUCUCUGCCACAAUCUACCCCGCAUGUAUGCCGAAAGGAGAAGAAGUUGGGAUAAAUCAAAAGUGCUACGUGACUGGCUGGGGAGUCUAUGAUACAAAAAACCCCAUGUCAUCUCCAAAACUUCGGGAAGUUGGAUUGCGAGUUCUCGAUGAAAAGGUUUGUAAACAUGCUUGGAAUUCGGGUACAACUGGAGCUUAUGUGCAGAGACAUUACAAUAAAGUAAUCUGUGCUGGUAGCGUGUAUGAAAAGAAUGACACAUGUGGGGGCGACAGCGGUGGACCAUUGAUAUGUCAACGAUGCUCUUCUUGUUCGUGGUAUGUAGCGGGUAUAACAUCAUUUGGUCCCAGAAACUGCGGAACACCGGGUAUGCCAGGAGUAUACACAAAAGUGCAACAUCACGAAAAUUGGGUUUAUAAACAUAUUCCAGAUCUGAAACAAACGGAACAAAAAACUUGUGCCUCAUACUCCGACGUACAGCGUAAAUUUACAAUGGAACCAAAUCCGGCUCCAGUUCCCCAUUGGUCAAUUUUUAACCAAAAUACUGUCAAUCAUGUUGGAAACAUACCUCAAAUCCCCGCGAGGGGUUAUUCUACCAACAACCCAGUGGCAAUACCAAGGCAGUUAUUAUUUCCUUUUAUACCUAUGCCAGGAUUUGGUUGAAUUAGUCUAAGGUCAAUUUUGUUAUUCCGAAUAUUGUUAUUCAGCUGUAGUCUCAAUGCCAAUAUUGUUUUUGUUUUGCUAUGUUGUAAUACAUAUUAUUUAACAUGAAAAAA